GUCUGUGCAGAGAGGUGCAAGGUCGUGUCUGGUCCCGUGGUGACCCAUGCCUCAGACGUUGUUGGCCAUGUCCGAGCAGUGGUAGAGCCAUACCUUGAAGAUAUCAUCUUGGACUCAGGAGCCGACAUCAGUGCACUUCCAGAUUCAUAUGCAUCCGUUGGUGAAGCUGCUGGGCCUCCCACUCAGAAGUUCGUUGAUGCCUCUGGUCGUCUGUUGAAGUCCAAGGGUGUGCGCGUUGCCGAGGUUCAGAUUGGGUCUUUGAGAUUUAAGGAACGGUUCCUUGUUGGCGGGGUCACUUGUCCGCUGCUCUCGCUUGGCAAGCUUUACAAAGCUGGGUUUUAUGUGGUUCCUGCCUCCAACAGCCCUGACGGCUUCGUGUUGACGAAUGGCGACGUGCGAGAGCCUGUUAAGCUGAAGCGGCAGUCGCUGUGUGCAUCAGGGAGCGUGUGUGUACUCCAGGAGCAGCCCCCAGCCGUUCGUGUCAUUGAACAUGUGACUCUCGAAGAUCCGUUGCGCAGGCUCGAUGCCUCCGGAUGGCAGCGCAUAGGCCACAGGUGCUACGCUUUGUUGAGCUUCGGCACGUCUUUUGUCGACACGACUCUUGUGCCGUUGUCUGAGUUGCUAUGGUAUCGCACAACGCUUGUGCGUAGAUCCGGACAGUGGUGUCUCCUCGAGUUUGCCGAAGAUGUGGCUUCAUUGGCCAACCGGACCUUGCCGUUUGAGCAUCAGGAUGUUGAGCAAACAAUCACGAUUGCUCAUGAUGAUAAGAUGUUGAGCCCUCGCCAGAUGGGUUUUUCCACACCUGAUGUUGUGCGUGAACAUGCCCCCGAGGAGUCAGCAGCCGCCACUGAUUCCCCUGCACCUGUUGCUGAGGCAUCAAGUGAUGCAAUGCAGGAUGAUGGCGGUGGUGCAGGUGAGAUGCCUCCUGACCCACGACAGUCGGAUGAUCAAGCCGCGCCAGUGGCACCAGAGGGCGGUGAGGCGCCCCCGGCUGAGCGCGAUGCAAUUGAAACGGUGACUGUCAGUGGUGUUGUCAUUGAUCGCAAUUCUUCGUUGCGAGUCAUGCGUGCUGCACUCGUGUCCCUCGGCCUUGGCAAGAACGGCCCCAAAAGCCAGUGUUGGGAACGGUUAGUUCGCCACAUCCGUGAGGCAGAGCUGCUUCGAGAGAACCAGGUUGAUCACACUCUUCGUGCCGAGACGAGCCGCCCACCUUUGGCUCCUCCUGUUGCUCAGGCCUCCCGGUUUGUGCUUUGGACCGGCCAUCGGUCGCUGCGGCUCAGGUGUGACAACGAGCCGGCCAUCCUGGCAGUUCAAACCGGGUUGAUGAAGUCUCUAAGGAACCUUGGCAUAGAUGUCUCGCGUGACAAUGCACCGGUUGAGUCGCAUCAGUCCAACGGCCCGGUGGAGCAGGUGGUGUGCAGUGUGCGCCAGCAUGCUGCUGCUUUGAUGCAUGACCUGGAGAAGGCUUGCGGUGCCUCUGAUGGUCAGGUGCUGUUCCCGCCUCAGCACCCAAUCUACGGAUGGUCGCUUUGCCAUGCCUGUUGGUUGAGGAAUCGCUACACGCCCAUGCAUGGUGUCACGCCGUAUGAAGCUGUGACGGAUUCUGUUUACAGUGGCACCAUUUGCCGAUUCGGCGAGAAAGUGCUGG